AUGUCAGACGUUGAUAUCAAUUUGAAGGCUUUACAAGAAAGGCUAGCUAAAUUGCAUGCUAGUUUUCCGACCUUUGAAGGGACGCCAUCGUCUCUACUGUUCGUGGUCGGAUCUAGUGACGAGGAAGAUCCAUACAAAAAAAGUACCAUUUUCCACAAUUGGCUUCUUGGUUACGAGUUUCCUGCUACGCUCAUUGCCGUUGUUCCUGGCAAGAUAGUUGUAUUGACUGGUGCUGGCAAAGCCAAGCAUUUGACGGGAGCAGUCGAACUCUUUAAAGAUUCGUCGGAUUUCAAGCUGGAAUUGUGGCAAAGAAAGGCAAAAGACGACGAUCAUAACAAUCAGUUAUUCAAAGACGUUAUUGAGCUACUCAAAAGUAGUGGAAAAAGUGUCGGCACGCCCGUGAACGACGAAUACCAGGGAAAAUUCAUUGCACAAUGGAAACCAAUCUGGGAUGACGCGUUGUCAAAAGGUGAACUCGAGACCGUCGACAUUGUCCCUGGCCUCUCACGCGUCUGGGAGAAGAAAGAUCAGCAGGAAGUCGGUUUCAUUAAAGUUUCCAGCAAAGGCAGUGAUCAGUUCAUGCAUCUGCUUUCCGACGAAAUGGUCACCGCGGUAGAUGAAGAGCUUAAAAUCACUAACGCCAAACUAUCGGACAAAAUCGAGGCCAAAAUUGACGAUGGUAAGUUUCUGAAGAAGCUAUCGAGUGAAAUGGCACCGCUAUGCCCUCAAGGCGAAAAAUUUGACAUUAACCUUUUGGACUGGGCUUACUCUCCAAUCAUUCAGUCAGGAAAGAAAUUUGAUCUAAAAGUUUCUGCUCGUUCCAGCAACGAUCAACUUAACGGAAAUGGGUGUAUUUUAGCGUCUUGUGGUAUUCGCUACAAAAAUUACUGCUCCAACGUGACUAGAACCUUUUUGAUCGAUCCCACAGAGGAAAUGGUGUCAAAUUACGAGUUUUUAUGCGUGCUGCAGAACGAAAUCAUAAAUACUUUCCUCAAAGUGGAACAAACUCCUCAGCAGGUUUAUCAGGCUUCCGUCGAUUACGUGAAGGCUCAUAAACCUCAUCUGGUUUCGGCUUUGACUAAAAACGUUGGUUCCCUAAUCGGUUUGGAAUUCAGGGACUCCCAGUUUGUUCUAAACGCCAAAAAUGACCAAAGAAAGAUUUCCAGCGGCGAUUGCUUCAACAUCUCUUUGGGUUUUAACAAUUUGAAAGACUCGGAGACGGGCAACAGUUAUGCCGUUCAAAUAGCAGACACAGUUUUAUUAAGCGAUGGUAUACCUGUGGUGCUGACUGGCUACACUAAACUCAAAGCCCAGGUUUCAUUUUACUUCAAUAACGAGGAAGAGGAGAAACCGUCCAAAGUAAAGAAGGAAAAUGAUCUUGGCUCUCCACCAAUUCCCAUUAAAAGAGAUGGAAACUCUAAAAUUUUGAGAUCCAAAUUGCGAGGCGAAGGACGGGUGCAAGAGGACAGCCAAAAAGAGCAGAUCCGGAAGGACAAUCAGAAGAAGUUGCAUGAAAAACUUCAGAAGAACGGUCUUUUAAGGUAUAGUGCUGCAGACGCCAACGAGACGGGCGAUCAACCACAACUGCAAUUCAAAAAAUUUGAAUCUUACAUCAGGGACACCCAAAUACCCAACAACGUCCGGGAUCUCAGGGUGCAUGUCGACUGGAAAAACCAAACGAUUAUAUUGCCUAUUUAUGGUCGUCCAGUCCCAUUCCAUAUUAACUGCUACAAGAAUGGUUCUAAGAAUGAAGAAGGCGAAUACACAUAUCUCAGAUUAAACUUCCACUCCCCUGGUAUUGGAGGUAUCUCUAAGAGAACUGAGGAACUUCCAUACGAGGAUACUCCUGACAAUCAUUUUGUUCGUUCCAUUAGCUUGAGAUCCAAGGAUGGAGACCGUAUGAGCGAAGUUUUCAAACAGAUUGCCGACUUGAAAAAGGAAGCGACUAAAAGAGAUCAAGAACGGAAACUUUUGGCGGACGUUGUCGAGCAGGCGAGGUUAGUGGAAAACAAGUCUGGAAGAACAAAAAGACUUGACCAAAUUUUUGUCAGACCUAGCCCUGAUGCCAAAAGAGUGCCUGGGACUGUGUUCAUUCAUGAAAAUGGUAUUAGAUAUCAAUCUCCACUGCGUACUGACAGCCGAAUUGAUAUACUGUUUUCCAACAUGAAGAAUCUGAUUUUCCAACCUUGUAAAGGUGAGUUGAUUGUCAUUAUUCAUGUUCACCUUAAAAACCCAAUUCUCAUGGGUAAGAAAAAGAUUCAGGACGUCCAAUUCUACAGAGAAGCCUCCGACAUGGCUGUUGAUGAAACAGGAAAUAGUAGACGUUCUAACAUGAAAUUCAGAAGAUAUGGCGAUGAGGAUGAGCUGGAACAAGAACAAGAAGAAAGAAGAAAGAGAGCAGCUUUGGACAAAGAGUUUAGGUAUUUUGCCGAAGCCAUUGCCGAUGCUUCAGACGGCAUAGUAGAUUUAGACACAACCUUCAGAGAGUUGGGUUUCCAGGGUGUGCCUAGCAGAUCUGCUGUAUUCUGCAUGCCCACGAGAGAUUGUCUUGUGCAAUUGGUAGAGCCUCCGUUUUUGGUUAUCAAUCUCAGUGAGGUUGAGAUCUGUGUUUUUGAAAGAGUACAAUUUGGUUUGAAGAACAUAGAUAUGGUCUUUGUUUACAAAGACUUCAGUAAACCCGUUACGCACAUCAAUACUGUUGCCAUAGAAGAAAUUGAGUUACUCAAAUCAUGGUUGACUGAUGUUGAUAUUCCGUACGCUGUAUCGACGAUCAAUUUGAAAUGGUCGAGUAUCAUGAAGUCCAUGCAAGAAGACCCACACCAAUUUUUCCUAGAAGGUGGUUGGUCUUUCUUGGUAGCCGGCUCUGACGAUGAAAUGUCAGAGGACAGCGAGGAGGAGAUCAGCGAAUACGAAGCUUCUGACGACGAUCCUUCCGAUGAAAGUGCAGAAUCCGAGGAGGACGACUAUUCUGAGGCAAUGAGCGACGACGCGAGUGACGCUAGUGCUGAUGAAAGUGAGGAGGAAGGCGAAGACUGGGAUGAGCUUGAAAAAAAAGCGGCCAGAGCCGAUCGCGAAAACAGACAAAAUGAGUAA